AUGACUAUUAAUACCACAAUAUCAAGCACACAUGUUCCAAACUACACAGUAGAAAACUACGCAAAGGAAUAUGCCCACCAGUGGUAUCCUGUUAUGAGUAUUUUACUUGCCCUGGCCUUAAGCUUCAUAUCUUUACUGACUGCCAUUAUGAAUGUUUUGGUGCUGUAUGUUGUGAAAAGAGAAAGAAAACUGCAUAAUAUUGCAAACAUGUACAUCGUCAAUCUAUCUUUGGCAGAUCUGUUUGUUGGCAUGACAGUCAUGCCCCUUAGUAUUAUAUAUAUGUUGGAAAAUGAAUGGAAACUAGGAAGAGUGAUCUGCCAGUUUUGGCUUUCCAUGGAUUACGUGAACAGCACGGCUUCCAUUUUCAGUCUUUUUAUUCUGUCUGUGGAUUGGUACCACUCAGUUCUUCAUCCACUGAGAUAUUUGAAGUAUCGCACCAGAACCAGAGCAGUUGCAAUGAUUGCAGGAGCCUGGCUUCUCUCACUGACGUGGCUCAUUCCCAUUUUAGGAUGGCACAGCAUUGCAAAUAGAGGUAUUAGGACUGUUGCAAACAAUAAGUUUGACACUGAAUUUCGCUACGUCAUCUGGUUCAAAAUUCUUACAGCGGCUCUGAACUUUUAUGCCCCAUCCAUAUUAAUGCUAUGGUGUUACGCAAAAAUUUACAUGGUUGUCAGAAAACACUGUCAGCAGAGAGACAAUAUGGAAGGUCUAAUGAAUGGAACUAUUCUCAAGAAUAAUUUAAAGCAAUCAUUAGACAAAUGUGAAAUUGGUCUGAACCAGCAAGCCUCCUGUAUCUUCAUCCAUACUGCUCAUCCAACAAAAUCUGCUGUAAAAGAACACAAGGUGAAUCCACAGGAUGAAAAAUGUGGAAUAUCAGACAUACAAACAUUCCAUAAGAUGCAUCAUCAAUUGAGUCUGCAUCCAGAAGCAAAAUCCUGGGCUGAUAUUUCUGAAAAAGUGGAAGGAACAGACAGUAUUAGCCAAUUUAAGCAAUUGUGGCAAAGAUUUUCCUCGCAGUCUGUGCAAUUCCUAAUAAUAAAGGAAAGAAAAGCCAUCAAGCAAUUGGGUUUUAUAGUGGCUGCCUUCAUGGUGUGCUGGAUACUUUACUUUGUGAUUUUUAUGAUUAUGGCUUUCUGUGAUACAUGUGUCAGCCACAAUUUACACAUGGUCACAAUAUGGUUGGGUUACAUUAAUUCAACAUUAAACCCAUUCAUUUAUGCUCUGUGUAACAAAAACAUCAAGAAAAGCUUCAAAGCCAUCAUCCACUUUCAGUCUUAA